GCUGUAAGCUGCAAAAUAGCACACACACAACAGAACACACACGCGCGCGCACACACACGCACAGUAUUUUAAGAUUUAAUAUGAUAUGAAAAUUAUCUGAAACAACAUUACAUGGGGAGGUGGAGAAUAUAUGUCAAAAUAUUAACAAAAGACUCAAACUAUACCAGAAGUUCAGUGUAAAAAAAACAGGUAACGUUAACGUUAGGCCUAACAUCAGUUUAUCUCGCCUGCUAUUUUACUGGAAAGAGGAGAAAACAUGCACUCAAGGUUGGAUUAAAAUCCGAUUGAAUCACCCCACCUCCUAGAGGGAUAAAGACAUUCCGUCCAAAAAGCUUUUACUCAAAAAGUUAUUUACCAAAUUAAUUUUACUCAACGCUAAUGACAAUGUGCUGAAACUUGGCUUGCAAAAAUCACUUCAGAAUUAAAAACAUCAAGCAAAGCAAUCAACGGUAAUGUUACUGGCUACGUAACUGUACAAAUAAAGCAUAUUUUAACUAUUCUUACCGUGUUCCGUCCUCACCGACCUGCCAGCUCCAGCGUUUCCACUGUGUGAGGAGAUGGAUUAAGUGACUGUGACGGUUUAAAAAAGGCACGUUCGGUCAGAGAAUUCGCCCAGCGUCAGUUGCGAGUCCGCGAGUUGACAGUGCGUUGUGCGGAGGCGGGGCAUAUUCUGUGCGUGUGGCCGAAUUGAAUCUGAGAGUACAGCGGACCAGGCGACUUGAAGGCGGAUCCGCCCCGAAGUCUAUUGCUAUCAGGGAAGCUAAGUAAGUCUCUGGCUAAAUAGAACACUCAAAGCCAGUGUUAAACUUACUCUAUAUGUAUUUGGCAAAUGGGCACUUGGAGUUUGGCUGUAUGUAUGUUAAUACAUUAUGUGCAUUAAUAUGUUUAGCUGCGGCUAUCUGUCACUAUUGUUUUGCUAAUCAACCAGGGCGAACACUGCUGUUAGUUUUGUUUUAAACGUCUCAAAUCAUUUGCCCUAAGGCUAAAAAAUCCAUCACAGCAAACAGAGCAUACUAGUUAAUGACAAGAGCUAAAAUUCACGUAAUUCCGCUGAGAUCUGCAGAUGCGCAUUCCAUGGAUUUUAGGCAAGUAUACACACACAACGUGUGCACAUUACUAGGCUUGUUGCGAUAGUCGGUGUCACCGGUGAUAGACGUCCACCCGCCAACCGAUUACAUCACCUUUCCACUACAGCGGAACAAGUGUCGCAGCAAAGAUUAUUAACAGGAGUUAGAUUUUAUUCAUCAUGUGAGGAGAGUGAGCUGACUGACAAGACGAUGGGGGAGGCUUUUUAGUUUCAGUUAUUCCUUUCUUAUUCGUUUCUUAUUUAUUUAUUUAACAUAAACGUUUGUUGUUUCGUAUUCCCUUUGUAUUUGUUUCUUAUUCAUUUGUAUUUUUGCACAGCAUCCCAGCUAACACAAUUACGUUGUGACGACUGACCUGGAACGGACCAUAUUCGUUGCCACGACGGACAAAAUAACGUUCCAGUGACUCAACUUUGUGAUUCCCAUAUUUGUCGUGACGACAUAACAUUGGACGUUGCUGGGACGUGGUGAUUACCUCCUGAAAACAUACCUGGCAAGUACCAUAUUCAGCGCAGCGACUUACCAAAUAACGUUUCUGGAACAUGAUUAGGGUUAGGAAUCGUUUGAAUUUGAUCGAUUCCAAUUACGAUUCUGCUUAUCGAUUUCGAUUCUUAUCGAUUCCCUGUUUCGAUUCCACAGUUGAAGUAAAACAUUCAGAUAUCUGUCAGGUCCCGGGUCUGAUCACCUGUUUGUUUUGUCCUGUCUUUUACAUGUUAGUGUUUGUCUAGCACACGGAGGAGAUUUUGACAGCUCUCCAUGUGCUGGGUGUUUGUGUGUAGACCUCGUUAUCCUCAUCACGACGCACCUGUUCUCACUCACGCUAAUUUCAUCAUACCGGUUUCUACUCCCGCUAUCUAUUCUCUCCCUAUUUAAUCUCCUGCAUUCUCUUGUUCCUUGUCAGUCCGUUAAUUUACUAACCCCUUGACGUCCAGUUUUGUAGAGUCUAGUCUUGUUACUAAACCUAGUCUUGUCUUGCUGCUAAUUAUUUCUUGUUCGUCCAGGCUCCAGAGCUCUUUGCACCCUGCCUGGUGUCCCUCUGUUUCCCCAGAUCGGUGCGGGUUUGGCGAGUUCGGUUCUCCUUCUGGUUGGCUGUGUGGAGGAGUUUCACUAGACGCCCGGUGGUUAUCACCCCCCAUCUCCUCGCUAUAGGAACCAUCGAUCGUCUCCUUACUGGAGGUCUCUCCCUCUCCCACGGAGGAUCCGAUUCUUUCUCCGGGACCUAUUCGGAAGGAUUACCACUCACCCUCGACGUGGUCGCGAGGGUAUUCUGAUUCCGGGGUGGGUGCACGGAACAUUUCAAGGACUCUUCCUUCGUGGUGGUUGCAUGGAACAUUUCAAGGACUCUUCCUUCAUGGUGGUUGCAUGGAACAUUUCAAGGACUCUCUCUUCGGGGUAGUUGCACGGAACAUUUCAAGGACUCUCUCUUCGGAGUAGUUGCACGGAACAUUUCAAGGACUCCCCUCUGGGAUUCUGGCAACGGACUCUGUAUCACGCGAACCCAGCCCAUCAAGACUCUUGAACUGUUCAGGUCACCCUUAACCAGCUCCCCGAUCACUUCCUGGCCGAGCACUCGAGCCCUGUCCCAUAUUUACCAGUGCUGGUGUUAUUUGUCUUUGUGUGUUUUUGCUGCCAUUGCUUUGAAUAAACCCUUUGACCCUGCUUCUGACUCCUGCCCUUACUACCCUGCAUAACAGAACGGACUGACCAUUAUGGAGUCAGCAGGAUCAGACUCCCUCCGCUCCGCUCUCGCCCAACAGGGAGUUAUGCUGGGACAGCAGAGCACCCGGUUUAGCUCUACCGUCCAAGAGGUAGGGGCAAUUAACACCCACAUCUCCAAACUUGCGGCCCGACUCGACGAACUCCGACUGGGUGCGGCUGCCGCUGCCGCCAGUCGCCGAGAGCCCGAACCACACGCCAAUAACCCCCCGACUUAUGAUGGUGAGCCCAAUUCUUGCCAAGCGUUCUUAUCUCAGUGUGCCUUAGUCUUCACCCUGCAGCCACGUCGCUAUGCCUCAGAGACUUCUAAGGUGGUCUAUGUUCUGACUCUUCUCUCUGGCCGGGCCCAUGAGUGGGGAGUGACCAUAUGGAAUGCCAAGGCCUCAUUCUGCUCCACUUUCGAGGACUUCUGUGCAGAGAUGGUGAGAUUGUUUGACCGCACGGCUCAGGGAGACGAAGCCGCCGCUCUGUUAUCCCGUCUAACACAGAAAGGAGGAUCAUUAACUGAAUACGCCAUCCGCCUCAAGACGCUGGCAGUGGCGUGCGACUGGAAUGCUAGCGCAGUGCGCGCUCGCUUCCUGGAGGGCCUGAAUCAUGCCAUCGCUGACGAGUUGGCCGCUCUGAAUAUGCUUAAGGAACUCAAGGCACUCAUUAGUCUUGCUCUUCGAGUAGAGGGUCGACUCACACUACAGCGGCAACUCCGCCUCUCUAACCUCCCCUGGCGUUCCCAGACAGCUUCAUCCAGUGAUUCCCCAUCAACUACUUCUCCAGCUACAGAACCCAUGCAACUGGGGCGACUUCGCCUUUCCACCCAGCAGAAACAACAGCAUGUGGCCCAGGGACUCUGCCUGUAUUGCGGCAAACCCGGCCACUUCGCCAUCCAGUGUCCAGUAAAAGACCGUGCCCACCAGUAAGACGGAGAGUCCUGGUGGGCGCCAUCCCGUGUUCAAACUCUCCUUUUGGUCAUGCUCAGUUAUCCUGUAGAAUGCUCUUUCAGGGCAUCUCCCACACCGGCCACGCCUUACUCGACUCUGGGGCCGAGGGUAAUUUCUUUGAUGCAGCCAUGACCCAGAAGUGGAGGAUUCCGGCCAUACCACUCGCCGAACCCAUCGAAGCCUGGUCGCUGGCCGGCAGUCGUCUCACUACCGUCACACACGUCACACCCAGUGUACAGCCCGCUGACCUCACCGGCGUCCCGGUGGAGUACCACGAUCUCAGCAUGGUGUUCAGCAAGUCCCGGGCUACCUCUCUUCCCCCUCACCGCUCCUACGACUGCGCCAUUAACCUCCUCCCUGGCACUUCUCCACCCAAGGGUCGCCUUUACUCCCUGUCUGGUACAGAAAGAGAGGCUAUGGACAAGUACAUUCAGGAAGCUCUUCUUGCUGGACUCAUCCGUCGCUCUUCUUCCCCGGCUGGAGCGGGUUUUUUCUUCGUCCAGAAGAAGGACGGCUCUCUGCGACCUUGUAUUGACUAUCGAGGGCUGAAUGACAUCACUAUUAAGAAUAGGUAUCCCCUACCUCUCAUGUCUUCUGCUUUCGAGCUCUUGCAGGGAGCCCGGGUCUUCACUAAAUUAGACCUCCGCAAUGCCUAUCACCUCGUCUGUAUCCGGGAAGGAGAUGAGUGGAAGACGGCGUUUAACACCCCCACGGGACAUUUUGAGUACCGGGUUCUUCCGUUUGGUCUAACCAAUGCCCCAGCCGUCUUCCAGGACCUGGUCAAUAGAGUUCUAGGCUCCAGAGCUCUUUGCACCCUGAUCCGAUUCUUUCUCCGGGACCUAUUCGGAAGGAUUACUACUCACCCUCGACGUGGUCGCGAGGGUAUUCUGAUUCCGGUGGUGGUUGCACGGAACAUUUCAAGGACUCUUCCUUCGUGGUGGGUGCACGGAACAUUUCAAGGACUCUUCCUUCGUGGUGGUUGCACGGAACAUUUCAAGGACUCUUCCUUCGUGGUGGUUGCACGGAACUUUUCUAGGACUCUCCCUUCGUGGUGGUUGCACGGAACAUUUCAAGGACUCUUCCUUCGUGGUGGUUGCACGGAACAUUUCAAGGCCUCUCUCUUCGGGGUAGUUGCACAGAACAUUUCAAGGACUCUCACUUCGGGGAGUUGCACGGAACAUUUCAAGGACUCCCUUCAGGGGUGCUGCACGGAACGGGCCAGUACUCUCCCUCUGGGAUUCUGGCAACGGACUCUGUACGGACUCACGCGAACCCAGCCCAUCAAGACUCUUGAACUGUUCAGGUCCCGCUUAACCAGCUCCCCGAUCACUUCCUGGCCGAGCGCUCGAUCCCUGUCCCAUAUUUACCAGUGCUGGUGUUAUUUGUCUUUGUGUGUUUUUGCUGCCAUUGCUUUGAAUAAACCCUUUGACUCCUGCCCUUACUACCCUGCAUAACAGAUAUCAACCUGUAUGGUCAUUUAACCUGCUUAUUUACUUGUUUGCAAUAUAUAUGUAUAUUUAUGAGCUCUGUUUUGUGUAUAUAAACCAUGUUUUUUCUUAUUUAUUACAAUUUGUAUUACCAAAGCACACUACAUCAUGGUUAAACUGUAGUAACUAUAAUGAAACUAUGGUUAAUUUGUGGUUCCUGUGCUUUU